AUGCGGAUUUCGAUAUUCGCACUGUGCACAGUGAUCUGCUCCCGGGUACUCGGUCAGCCCUACGCCUCUCAGAUCACAUGGAUCCCAGCCACAACAUCCGUUGAAAAUUUAUGGCCAGUCUCCGAGCCGACUGAGGUAGCACAGCUGUACGGAAAACGCGCAUAUGGCGAGAUCCUCCAAGCCAGAGACACAACCGCCACAGAAGAGUCGACUAAAUCCACAGCCGAUGCCACAACUGAUACAGCCGCAUCGGAGACCACGGAGACAGCGGAAACAACGGAAACAACAGAGACAACAGAGACAACGUCAUCAAAGACGACCACAUCAGAGACAACUGCUUCAGCGACUGAUGCUACAACCACAACCUCCGAACCGGAAACUACUACCGAGCCCUCAACAUCUACAACCCCCACAUCUACCACCGAGACAACUAGCUCGACUGCUAGCAGCUCCUCGGUGACACCCACCAGCACCUCAGAGACAACAAGUACCCCAACUUCAAGUAGCAGCGCCUCAACCACAACCAGUACUAGUCCGACUGCAUCAUCGAGCGGCUUUAUGAGCAAAGCGGAGCUAGCCGAAUGGAAUCACCGGGGUAACAUCGCAGCGAUUGUAUUUGGCUGUUGUUUUAUCUCGGUAUUCCUCGGCGUCGCCAUUGUUUACUAUGCGCUUGGUCGAGCGAAGGCGCGGCGAAUUGCGGCUAGCAAAAUGUUGGAUUCUAGUCAGUCGUACUCGAAGAUACCCCUUGUGGCCGUAAAAGAACCUCCUUCCACUGAUCUGGGGGUUAAUCGCUCCUCAACGAUGCACACCAACAACUCUCAGUCCCAGUAUUUCCCUGCGGUCAGUGCACCAUCAGUGUCAAAUUAUAGCGAUACUCCCUCCGCGGUCUCUCCGAUCACGGCAGAUCAUUCGUUUCCUAGGGAUCAUGGAACGCGAGCAUAUCAAUGA